AAGACUUCCUCUCAGUUGGGUUUUAGCCGUUUUGACCUUUCCUCCCCAUUAUCCUAUUCGAAAGUUGGACUGACGUCUCAGACUUGUAUGGAGAUGAACAGAAGCAGAAUUUAUAAAUUGAACCGAAUCAGGGCUUCUUCUAAUAGUGUCUUAGUUUUUCGUUCUGAUACCGACAACUCAUUCCUCUGUCGUUCUCGCCUUCGGUCUAUGAAAUUUGUCGAGUAGCGUUCUGGCUCUGAUGAUCUCUACGGUGACCAACGAUACUGUUUUCGAUACCAAUUAGUCGAUUUCAGUUACUUUUAUCGGAGGGUUCGGUCUUUAUUUGAGAAUCGUGUUCCUUGUAUGUGGCUCACCAAAUUCUUUUGUUUUGUCGAAGAUUCUGUUAAGUGAUGAGCUCACUUGCUUCACUUAAUUUGGCAGCUGGAAGGUCUAUAGUUGAAGAAUAUUGAUGGGUGUUUGGGACUUCUAAUUGUUAGCCAUGAAACUUAUAUGCUUUUGUGCAUUCAGAUCAUCUAAAAGAAAGACUCUUGACUCUCCGACACUUGCAGAAGAGAUUUCUACCAGCAACGUACGGCUCUUUUCCUACAGCAUGCUGAGAUCUGCAACGGGGAACUUCCAUCCAUCAAACCGAAUAGGUGGAGGUGGCUUUGGAGUUGUUUAUAAAGGAGUUUUGAGCGAUGAUACCCAAGUUGCAGUUAAAUCUCUCUCUGCUGAGUCUAAACAGGGAACGCGAGAGUUCUUGACUGAGAUUGAUAUGAUAUCAAAUGUCAGACAUCCAAACCUUGUUCAACUCCUGGGUUGUUGUAUAGAAGGAACCAACCGGAUGUUGGUCUAUGAGUAUAUGGAGAACAAUAGCCUUGCAAGCGCCUUACUUGGUCCCAAGCACAAACAUGCUGAUCUAGAUUGGCCUACAAGAGCUGCUAUCUGCAUGGGUACAGCUCAAGGUCUACUAUUUCUUCAUGAGGAAGCUGAACCACAUGUUGUACAUCGUGAUAUCAAGGCUAGUAACAUACUUCUUGGCAGAGACUUUCAUCCUAAAAUUGGAGAUUUUGGUUUGGCAAAACUUUUUCCAGACAAUGUUACUCAUCUUAGUACACAAGUUGCUGGAACAAUGGGUUAUUUGGCUCCAGAGUAUGCAUUGUUAGGGCAGCUAACCAAGAAAGCUGAUAUCUACAGUUUUGGUGUGCUUAUACUUGAAAUAGUCAGUGGCAGAAGUAGCUCCAAGGCAGCUUUUGGAGAGGAUCUGAUGGUUCUUGUGGAAUGGACAUGGAAACUGAAAGAGGAAAGUAGGCUCUUGGACAUUGUUGAUCCGGAACUGGUUGAAUACCCAGAGGAUGAGGUGGAGCGGUUCAUCAAGGUUGCACUCUUUUGUACCCAAGCUUCUUCACAACAAAGGCCCUCCAUAAAGCAAGUGGUGGAGAUGCUUUCUAAAGAUAGGAAUUUCAAUGUUAAAACAUUAAUCCAGCCAGGUGUAUACAAGGGAUAUACAACUCGAGAUUCAGGUAAUGGUAGUUCAGAUGGGAGUUCCUCUUCUCUACCACGGGAACGCAAAAAGUCAAUGAAUCCAUCCAUUUUUUCAACCCGUUUGAUCCAUGCUCCAAGCAUGACAGAAAUGCAGCCUCGGUGAAACGAAGAGACCAGCACUUUUUGUGGGAGUUUGUACUUUUGGCCUGUUGGCUGCUUUCUUGGUGGAAUACUGUAGAAAGUUGAAAACAAAAUGUCAAAAUCCUGUAAAAGUCAAUAGCUGAUUAGAAUUGUGCAGAAUGUUGAAAGGGAAGAAAUCACAAGAUAUUUGUCUA